AUGAAGCUUGCUGUAUUCGGUGGAACUGCCGGUGUCGGCCUCGAAGUGGUCCAGCAAGCUCUAGAAGCCGGUCAUUCUGUUAAUGUACUGGCAAGGUCCCCAGAAAAGCUAUCUCACUUAUUGCCAGCUGAUGGCAAACUCACCAUCAUCACUGGAGAUGUUUUGAAAGAUUUUGAUGCUGUCAAACACACAGUGGAAGGUGCUGAUGCUGUUAUAGUGUCGCUUGGGAAUCGACCUGUUGCUGAUACAGAGAUGCAGGGAAAGACCUGUAGUAUCGGACAAGAGAAAAUCAAUGAAGCUAUGAUCGCAACUGGAGUCAAGCGAGUGCUUGUUGUUACUUCUAUGGGAGUUGGUGAUUCGAUCAAGGACGUGACGUACAUGGCCUCUGUAUUCAUAACUACAGUGCUGGCCAAAGCAAUCGCAGACAAGGAGAUUCAGGAAGCAUCUGUGAGGAGCUCUGGACUUGACUACACGAUUCUUCGACCAACUGGACUAGCAAGCAAGCCGAAAACCGGUGGCAAAUAUUUGUUUGCUGAGCAUAUAUAUGGGCCAACAAUUGCUCGCGCGGAUGUCGCAGAGAUUUGUUUGAAGAUGAUUUCAAGUGCUGAAUACGUGGGGAGGACAUUCGGUUGUGUUGGUGCAUAA